AUGGCAUCUAACGGUCGUCCAUCAACAUAUAAGCAAUCCUCUCGGAAGGGCAAGAAAUCUUGGAGAAAGAACAUCGACUUAUCCGAUAUCGAACAAGCAAUCACUCGCAAGCAUGAAGAGGAAAUCACUCACGGUACUUCUGAUUUGACCUCUUUAGUAGAUGACAAACUGUUUCAAGUUGAUACCGAAGGUGAUGCUGAACUGAAAUCAAAGCUUAUCAAACGAAAGCAAAUCAAGAAAAAUCUGAAAUCAUCUGAAAUUCUUGAGGCAGUCCGUACAAACUCCAAGGUAGCUGCCCUUAAGCAUCCAAAAAGCUCAUCUAAAAAUGACCAGUACAAGGUCCAAGGUGUUUCCAAGAAGGAACUUAAACGUCUGAUGGCGUUAGCGGGAAAAAUCGACGGAGAAAGUAAACUCAAGACAUCGGUAGCCAAAGAUGGUAUUGUCAAGGCAGCCAGUUCCGAUUUGUGGGGUUCAUCAGAAGAAAUCAAGACACCAUCGGGCCUUAAACUGAACGCUAAAACCAGGGAAUCGGUGCCAACCGAACUGCUGAAACAAUCCAUUACUGGAUGGUCCGUCGCAACGGUCGCGCCAGAAACAAUGAACAGAGCACCUGUUGUAGUAAAAGAGAUCGAAAAGACUCCACAUGCUGGUAAAUCGUAUAAUCCAAGUGCUUCGGACUGGUCUCACUUGGUUAGUAAGGAAUAUGACGAGGAAAAAGUGAAGGAGGAAAACAGAAUAAAAAUGGAGCAAUAUAAAGACAGAAUUCAGCAUUUGAUCGAAACUCUGGAUAAUAACGAGGAGGAUUCCUCAGGCUCUUCUGACGAUGAUUCAGAACAAGAAGAUGAUGAUGAGGAUGAGGAAGAAAUCAAGUUAUCUAUUAACCGUCCUGUGGAGAAUAAAAAGAAGACCAAGUAUCAACGUAACAAACAAAGACGCCAUUUGGAGAAGAUUGCUCUACAAGAAGAACUUAAAAAGCUCAGGAAGCAAGUGCAUGAGCUGGAAAAGCUUGAGGAAAUCGAAAAAACAGUUACUGGUAAUCACGAAGCUAAGCAUGAGAAGAAAAAAGUUAGCAAAGAAAGGGCCAACAAGAAGCAUAAGCUAGGGACAAAGCACGCGGUAAUUGACGAAACAUUAGAAGUCAAAUUUUCGGAUGAACUUUCGGAUUCUCUGAGAAAGCUCAGGCCCGAGGGUAAUCUCCUUUAUGACUCGGUUAGAAACCUUCAAGGAUCCGGUAAGAUUGAGGCUCGGGUGCCAGUCAGAAAGGGCAGGAGGUACAAACCCAAAGUUACCGAAAAAUGGACUUACAAAGACUAUAAGUAG